AUGUCCGACGCCGCAGCCACCGCCUCCCCAAUCGCUCCACCACCAGCCUCAUCCACCACGCCAGCCGUUCGCCGUGGUCUGGUCAAGUCGGUGCUUUCAGGAGACGCCGUCAUUCUUCAAGGACAGCCACAGAACGGACCACCACCAGAGUGGACUGUCUACCUGAGCAACGUGUCGGCUCCGCGACUCGGGCGCCGUCCAACCGACUCUGCACCAGCCACUCCAGACGAGCCAUACGCCUGGGAAGCUCGAGAGUUCCUCCGUGGCAAGCUCGUGGGACAGUUCGUCACAUUCGUUAGAGACUUCACCGCCACUUCUGGACGUGACCAUGGACGUGUCUAUUUGGGAGGAACCAGCCCAGCUGACGCAGAGAAUGUUGCUGAGGAAGCAGUAGCUGCUGGUCUUUUGGAAGUUCGCCAAGGAAAGAUCACUGAUGAUUAUACCACAAAGCUUCUCGAACUCCAAGAGCAAGCCAAAGCAUCAGGAAAAGGAAAAUGGAGCUCCACUCCUGGAACCAUUCGUGAGAUUCGUUGGGUGAUUGAUAACCCACGUGAGUUGGUCGACAAAUACGCCCAGAAGCCAAUUGACGCUGUCAUCGAGAUGGUUCGCGAUGGAUCUACCGUUCGUGCUUUCCUCCUUCCAAACUACGAGUACAUCACUCUCCAACUUUCCGGAGUCCGUGCUCCAUCAACCAAGAAUCCAACUUCCCAUGAUUCUCGCGCCGAGCCAUUCUCAGAGGAAGCCAAGUUCUUCGUCGAGUCCAGACUUCUCCAGCGUGACGUGCAAAUCAUUCUUGAGUCCACUUCCAACCAGAACUUUGUCGGAUCUAUCAUUCAUCCAAAGGGAAACAUUGCCGAAUCACUUCUCCGUGAAGGAUACGCCAAGUGUGUUGAUUGGAGCAUCGGAUUGUGCACAGGAGGAGCACAGAAGCUUCGUGACGCUGAACGACAAGCCAAGGAGAAGAGAGUCCGCCUGUGGAAGAGCUACACACCAGCUGCUUCUGGAUAUUCCGGAGAUCGCAAGGCUUUCAGCGCCAAGGUGGUCGAGGUCGUUCUCAAUGACGCAGUUGUGGUACAAAAGGAGGAUGGAACUGAAAUGAAGCUUCACCUCUCCUCAGUCAGACUUCCAAAAGAGACUGCAGAAGACAAACAGCCAUCAGUUGGCCGUCAAUUCCGUCCACUCUACGAUGUUCCAUUCAUGUUUCAAGCUCGCGAAUUCCUUCGUAAGAGAAUUCAUGGAAAGAAGGUUCAAGUGCAAAUCGACUACGUUCAACCAAAGACAGACAACUUCCCAGAAAAGACCUGCGCUACUAUUAAGCACGGAGACCUCAACAUUGCCGAAGGACUUAUCAGCCGUGGAUUGAGCAAGGUUGUCCGUCACCGUGCCGAUGAUGAGAACCGAUCCUGCGAGUAUGAUCUUCUUCUGGCCGCCGAAGCUAAUGCCGAGAAGGGAAAGAAGGGAUUGUUCGCUGACAAGACUGCCGAGAAGAAGGACACUCUCAGAAUCCAGGAGAUCGCUGGAGACGUCGCCAAGUCCAAGCAGUUCCUCCCAUACCUUCAGAGAGGAGGAAGAGCCGAAGGAGUCGUCGAAUUCUUGUCCGGAGGAUCCCGUCUCCGUAUCUACAUUCCAAAGGAAACUGUUCUCAUCACCUUCUUGCUCGGAGGAAUCAACUGCCCAAAGGGAUCCCGUGUUGGACCAGGAGGAGUUACUAUUGGAGCUGCUGAGCCAUUCGCUGAUGAGGCCGCUGCCUUCACCCGCAAACUUGUGCUCCAGCACGAGGUUCAACUCGAAGUCGAGUCUACUGACAAAAACGGAAACUUUGUCGGAUAUCUCUUCGUGUCUCCAGACGGAAACACCUCCCGAGGAAUCAACUUGAGCGAGGCCCUUGUUGAAGCUGGACUUGCCACUCUUCACUUCACCGCUGAGCGCAGUGGACACUACAACGCCUUGUUGGCUGCUGAGAACAGAGCCAAGAAGGCAAAGAAGAACAUCUGGGCCAACUACACCGAGGAGCAACAACAAGAGGAAGUUGAAGUCCAACAAGCCGACACUUCUGAGCGCAAGCAGAACUACCGCCAAGUCGCCGUCACUGACCUCGCCCCAGGAGCUCUCCGAUUCUCCGCUCAAAACAUUGAGGAUGGAGCCAAAAUUGAGAAGAUGACUUCCGAGAUGAGACAAGCUAUUGCUGAUCAUCCACCACUCGCUGGAUCCUAUGCUGCUAAGCGUGGAGACUUGUGUGUCGCCAAGUUCUCCGAGGACGGUCUCUGGUAUCGUGCUAAGGUUGAGAGCGUGCGUCAAGGACAAGCCGAGAUUGUUUACAUCGAUUACGGAAACCGUGAGACCGUCGAGGCCGCCAAGCUUGCCCAAAUUCCUGGAGGAUUUGCUAGCUUCCCAGCUGGAGUUAAGGAAUAUAACCUGGCUCUUGUCAAGCUUCCAAAUGAGGACUACGUUCAGCUCACUUUGGACGCCUUCGCCCAAUACUUGUACGGACACUCGUCAGUGUUCGUGAACAGCGAGUACAAGGUUGGAACCGCCGAAUAUGUCACUGUCUACUUCGACAUGGGAAACAAGAAGGUCGACAUCGGAAAGUCUCUUGUCGAGGAGGGUCUCGCUUUGGCUGAUUCUCGUCGUGAGCCACGUCUUCAAACCCUGUGCAAUGAGUACAAGUCUGCCGAGGAUAAGGCUCGCAAGAGCAGAAAGAACAUCUGGGAGUACGGAGAUUUCACCGGAAACGAUAUCUAA